AUUUUCUGUUGUUGGCACACUUUGUAGACAAGACAACCAUAAAAAACAAUGCCUUCACAAAAAAGAAGACAGAGACAGAGAGAGAAAGAGAGAAGGGAGGCUGCUAAAGGCAGUUCAACAUUGCAAACAUGGAUUCAAAGCUCCAGCAAGCCAGCAGAUGAGGCAGAGGCAGGCUCAGAGAGUGAGGGAGAGCCCAUUCAGCAUCAGCCAAAUCAGACACUUACAGAUGAAAAUGCCUCAGAAUCAAUUCAACGGAGUAAAAGUGAAGGUCUUGGAACUGAGCCGGAGACAGAAAAAGUUCAGAAUGAGAAAGAAAGGCAAUACAAUGAGACGGAGAGGGAAGAGACAGAUGCAGAACAGGAAGAAAUGGAGAGUGAGGCAGCCACAGCCAUGUAUACAAGGGAGAAAAAGCCAGAAGACUUUGAGUUUUUGCUUCAGUUACAAAAUCCAUCAGAUCCUGCUCAUGUAAAGAAAUACAAUGUAACAUACAGUGUUGCUGUAAAUGGAACAAGUAAAUAUAAAAAAGUAUCAGUAAUGUGUAAUUGUGAUGUUCUAUCAAAACUUCUACAAUAAAGUCUGAAAUGUA